GCGGCGGCGCGCCCCCUGCGCCCAUGGCGGCCGUGAGCGCCGGGCCGGCUGAACUGGGCUUCGUGGAGGCGGCGCCGGCGUGGCGGCUACGCAGCGAGCAGUUCCCCAGUAAGGUGGGCGGCCGGCCGGCGUGGCUGGGCGCGGUCGGGCUGCCGGGGCCCGCGGAGCUGGCGUGCGCGCUGUGCGGACGCCCGCUGGCCUUCCUGCUGCAGCUGUACGCGCCCCUGCCCGGCCGCGCCGACGCCUUCCACCGCAGCCUCUUCCUCUUCUGCUGCCGGACGCCGCCGUGCUGCGCCGGCCUGCGCGUUUUUAGAAAUCAGCUGCCCAGGAGAAAUGACUUCUACUCCUAUGAGCCGCCUUCUGAGAACCCUCCACCAGAGAUGGGAGAAUCCGUGCGCCUCCAGCUCAAGUCUGGGGCUCAUCUCUGCAGAGUUUGUGGUUGUUUAGGCCCCAAAACAUGCUCCAGGUGUCACAAGGCGCGUUACUGCAGUAAGGACCAUCAGACUCUGGACUGGAGGUUGGGGCACAAGCAGGCUUGUACCCAAGCAGAUAAUUUGGACAGUACAGUUCCAGACCACAACUUUCUUUUUCCAGAAUUUGAAAUUGUAAUAGAAACAGAAGAUGAGAUUAUGUCUGAUGUUGUGGAAAAAGAUGAUGAAUCAGAGAUUACAGGGAGCAUGGGUGAAACACCUGAGGAAGAAUUGGAUUCCAUGGCAAAACAUGAAUCUAGGGAAGAUAGAAUUUUCCAGAAGUUUAAAAGUAAAAUAUCCUUUGAACCAGAACAGAUCCUCAGAUAUGGCAGAGCGAUUGCCCCCAUCUGGAUCUCUGGUGAAAACAUCCCUCAAGAAAAGGAUAUUCCAGAUUGCCCCUGUGGUGCCAAGAGAAUAUUUGAAUUCCAGGUCAUGCCUCAGCUGCUCAACUACCUGAAGGCCGACAGACUGGGCAGGAGUAUCGACUGGGGGGUCUUGGCCAUCUUCACCUGUGCGGAAAGCUGUGGACUGGGCACUGGCUACACUGAGGAAUUUGUUUGGAAGCAAGAUAUAACAGAUGCAGCCUAAAGACAAAGGUGUAAAGCCUUAAAAUAGUCAUCAUUUCUUAGACCUUGCAAUUCCAUUUCUAGGAUUUUAUCCUAAGGAAAUAAUUAUACCAGAGAUAUACAAAGAUGUUGUUUUAGGUGUUCUUUACGUUGUCUAAAUAUUAGACAAAAAUGUCCAGUGGCAGGGAAUUAAGUAAAUUCUGGUGUAUCUUUCCAGCAGGAGGCUACGCAGUCUAAAUGAUACAGACCUAUAUGCACAUCAAGUAAGAUAUAGACACCAGGAUACCAUUAUAGAUGGUAUUCAUAGUAUGAUAUUUUUAUAAAAAUAUUUACAUGUAUGUGCACCAAAAAAAUGUGGAACGGUACACACUAGGUGUGAACUGGUUAACUGAACAGGGGGACUAAGUGACAUAAUCGUUCACUUAGAUGUAUAUUACUUUCUGUAAUAAAAAUGGGUUGUGUGCCUAAUUAAAUCAAACCAUUAUCACUGAGAGCAUUUUCCCCUUAAAAUUUGCAGUUAUAGAGAAAAAUAUUUGAGUAAGACCCCAAGAGACUUGUAUAAUAAUCAAGUGACUGUCACAGGCUCCCGUUUACAUGGAAGGCCAGAACAUGAGAAGGUACGGAACCCCACUAAUUAGUAGGGUGAGUACAAUGAAUGGGAUACCCAGUAAUUCUGAAGCAGCAGAGUUGGCAGGAUCAGAAAAACCUGUAGAUUUGUGAUCAGAAAACCUGACUUUGAAGAGAAGCUCUACUUCAAAACUGACCGUGGUCAGCCAGUGGCAUGGGUUACAGACCAGAGACUGAAAGGCAAAAGCGAUGGUCUUCUCUUUCCAUCUGCCCUUCUCAUAGCAUUGCCCACAUGGCAAGUAAACCAAAUAAGGAUGCGGAAUCAGCCACUGGCAUUUCCCUGGGUCAGCCCGAGGGAAGGCCCUGAGGUAGCUUUCAAGUGAGGGACGUUCUGUCUGUGAUGCCUCUGCUGACACAGGUGGUUCCUCAGUCAGUGCCAGUAGCCACGCUCAGGCUCCUUCCAGCCCCCGCGACUGACACUUACCUUGAGAUCACUGCCAGCACGGAGGCAAACCUAGAGAUCAUGGCUUGAAGACCAGCCAAUUGUGGGAACACCCCUGCUAACCCUGAAAUGCACUGCAGCCAUAAACACAUCCUUUUGGAGGUAAUAUAACUUGCUAAUGUCACUGACCUCUUGGCUGUUUCACUGUACUCUUAUAUCAGGAAGUCUCAUAUUGUGUCUCUGUGUGUGAGAAAUUCAUAUAAAGAUGUGUGUAUAUAAAAUACAGUUACACAGAGCAGUGUGGGAAACUGCAGUAUGGGGUUCCCAUGCAGUAUUCUCCCAUGGGUAGAUUACUAGGCUACUUUUAAAUACAGCUUUCAAACAGGGAGAGAAUGUCUUCUAGUCUUGAAGCUAGGAGUACUACAUCCGUGAGUGUGAGUCACUCAUAACUAAGGUGAUACAGCCUGUGGCUGCCGAGAGACACAACAGGCAAGCGUCACACACUUGGCGGGAAGCUCAGUGGCUUCUGGAAAACUGGACUAGUGAGACCUUCAUAGCCCAAACUAUAAGUAAUUCAGAAGUUAAUUUGCCAAAGUAGGACAGCAUCCUGACUGCUAAGGACUUUUUAAGGAAAUUCAUUAGGGUUUGGAGACAUCCCGAGAUGAUGUAGACAUUUCUGCAGGCAUCUUGGUAACCAGCCAAGCUAUCCUUUAUUUGUGUAUCCCUGUCAGGGUCUGGAGAUGACAAUUCACAGGGCAUUUGCACUUGGAGACAGACUUCCAGAUCACGACACUGACUUGGCAACCAUGUCCAGAGACAACUAAUUGAAAAUAAACAAAAUAAAGUGUUUAGAUAAGAAAUAAAGCAACACAGUUGCCUCACAUAAGAAAUGUGAAGACAUCUAAAAACCUUCACAUCAACCAUACAAUGAUUGACAUCAAUGCAUGACAUCUCACCCAGCAACUGCUCCUGCUGAAGACAUCACUAUUGCCAGCCCAUGCAUUCCACUUUCUCCUCAAAACUCUGCUUGGCCCAGACACUGCCUGACCAGCCAGCUCACCCUCCUGUAGAGCAAUGCAUCACCUGUCCUCUUAUCUCAGAUACUGAGUGCUGGUCUCAUCAUCCUUUGACAAUUCAGAGAUCAUAGCAAAGAGAAAAUGUUUCAGUGUUUUUGCUAACAUAGGUGCUAGUGUUCUGUUAUCCUAACUCAUCAUCCCAUGUGUCUUUUUUUUUUUCCAUUACUGUCUUUAUGUAUUUAAUUGGCUGUGUUGGGUCUUUGUUCUUGUGUGUGGGUUUCUGUAGUUGCAGAGAGAGCUGGGAUACUCUUCAUUGUGGUGCGCAGGCUUCUUAUUGCAGCGGCUUCUCUUGUUGCGGAGCACCGGCUAUAGGCAUCCAGGCUUUAGUAGUUGCGGCUCAUGGGCUCAGUAGUUGUGGCUCCGUGGCUAGCAGGCUCUAGAGCACAGGCUCAGUAGUUGUGGUGCAUGGGCUUAGUUGCUUCGAGGCAUGUGGGAUAUUCCCGGACCAGGGCUCAAACCCGUGUCCCCUGCAUUGGCAGGCAGAUUCUUAACCACUGCACCACUAGAGAAGCUGGUUCUCAGCAUAAAAUAUGUAAUAUAGAACUGACCAAAUAAAAGCCCUGUAGUCUGAA